AUUUUUGUUAGGCAUGUAGACGGUAGAUAUUUUCCAGUGGCACACGUGUGACUCAAAGGUAAACAUCCUAGUGGAGAGCUAUCUGCUGUAGCCCAGUUCCUGCACCUGUGUGUGUAGCCAGGAGCCCAGAGGUCACUCCCACGCCCAGUGUAAAGGUAAAACAAGGGAUUUACUCUUUUGCUGAAAGAUGGCAUCAGUGAAACCAAAGAUUAUGGCCAAGUCUGUGGCUGCAGAUGGGAUAGCAGAGGUACAGCAAAAAACUUCUCCACAGAAGAGGAAGAUUGAGGAAGACACCACAAUGGAUGUUGAACAGGAUGAUGCAGUAAUUCGUCCAUCUUUCCCUCCAGCCAAAAAAGAGAAGGUAGCUUUGUCAGAGAUGAGGAAGAUCCCUGUUCCAAACAACAGAUACACUCCCUUAAAAGAAAGCUGGGAAAAGAUCUAUUCUCCCAUUGUUGAGCACCUGAAGCUUCAAGUCAGAUUUAACCUAAAAACCAGGAAUGUAGAAAUUAGGACAAGUAAAGAGACUGAAGAUCCAAACAGCAUCCAGAAGGCAGCCGACUUCAUACAGGCAUUUGUUUAUGGCUUCGAUAUUGAUGACUCUCUAGCUCUCAUAAGACUCGAUGAUCUUUAUCUUGAGACUUUUGACAUUAAAGAUGUGAAGCAGACACUGCAGGGUGAUCAUCUCUCGAGAGCUAUUGGUCGUGUGGCUGGCAAAGGGGGCAAAACACGCUUCACAAUAGAGAAUGCUACACGAACUCGUAUUAUAUUGGCCGAUUCUCGUGUCCAUAUAUUGGGCUCUUACCAAAAUAUCCAGAUUGCCAGAAGAGCAAUAUGUAACCUGAUUCUCGGUAGUCCUCCAUCUAAAGUUUAUGGAAAUCUAAAGGCGUUUGCAGAGAAAGUUAGAGAUAGAUUUUAGUGUUUUUUUUUACCAAGGAGCAAAUAUUUGUCUUUUCCAGUCUUCAGAAUGGUUAAAUUUUACAGUAAGUAUGAGCUGUUGUAACCGAUAAAACGUCUGCAUAUAGGAGAGGUACCAUAUUGCUGGUAUUAAAUUUAUUAAUAUUUUUCACAUAAUAAAAUUAAACUAUUCAAGACAGAUGUUCUCUUUGGGAUUCUUAAUUUCAUUAUAAAUAGGAGAACCAUUGACAUAGCAAACAUCUUGUUAAAAUUCGCCUUUACUUUUAAUUAAAAUUCACGAUGUUUCAAAUACUUCUUGUAUUCAUCAUCAGAUCUAAAAUACAAAAGUUAGAUUAAAAUAAUCAGCAAAACAAAGAACUCAUACUGGACAAGACUUAAGUGAGGUGAUCAAGUUUGACUUUGUUCACUUCAUGCAAGUUGAACCGAAUGUUUUGUUUUGGAACUAAUGUGCUGUUACAUCUCUUAUAUUUUAAUAUGUCAUCUUGUCCAAUAUGAGUUCUUUGUUUUGCUAGUUAUUUUAAUUUAACUUUUGUAUUUUAGAUCUGAUGAUGAAUACAAGAAGUAUUUGAAACAUCAUGAAUUUUUAUUAAAAGUAAAGACAAAUUUUAACAAGAUGUUUGCUAUGUAAAUGGUUCUCCUAUUUACUAUGAAAUUAAUUAAAUUGUAUUCUGCAUUAUAUAUAUACUGUACUACAAAUUUAUAUACAAUAUAUCAGACUUUAAAUUAAGAAAUUUAGUUCACUAGUAUACAGUAAUGAUAGUGUAUCUUAAAAACAUAAAGAUCCUUAUUCAU